GUCACUUUCCAAACAAAAUCUCGGAAGCUGCGCGCUCGCAUUUUUGUUCCAGCAUUUUACUGUGCGGAAAUCGACUCGACUCGAGAACGCGAUAUUUACGGAAAAGUUGUGGCAUUUUGCUGUCGUUCCCUUCUACAUAUUGCAUCUAAAGUUUGAAAAACAUGUCUGACGGACAGGAAAAUGUUCCCGAAGGCUGGGAGAAGCGCACCAGCCGGUCUACAGGAAUGACCUACUAUCUGAACAUCUACACCAAAGAAUCACAGUGGGAUCUUCCGACCAAGCCGGCAAGUCCAGAGCAGGACACAGCCGAGGUGCAGUGCGCUCAUCUGUUGGUCAAACACAAGGGCUCGCGGCGACCCAGUUCCUGGCGGGAGGACAACAUAACACGCAGCAAGAGCGAAGCGCUGGAAAUUCUCGAAGGCUACCGGAAGAAAAUUCAAUCCGGUGAUGCCACCCUGCCGGCACUGGCCCAACAGUAUUCGGACUGUAGCUCGGCCAAGCGGGGCGGCGAUCUGGGCAUGUUCAAGCGAGGUAUGAUGCAGAAACCGUUCGAGGAGGCAGCGUUUGCGUUGAAGGUCGGCGAAAUGUCCGACGUUGUGGAUACCGAUUCCGGGGUGCAUUUGAUUUUGAGACUCAAGUAAAGUAGAUCGAAAAGAAA